UGGGUAUGAGGAAGGAUUUCUUCUAUGAAGUAAUGGGGAUGGGAUGCUCAGGGGGUGGUGGGGUCACCAUCCAUGGAGGUGUUUGUGAAGAUGUGGCAUGGAGGGAUGUGGACAGUGGGCAGUAUUGGUGAUGGGUUGGGGUUGGACCUGAUGGUCUCAGUGAUCUUUUCCAUCUUUAAUGAUCUUAUGGAGUGCCUGGAACCCCACAAAUGGGAUUUCUGCACAUCAAAGGAUGCCUUUGACAAGGUGGGCUGGGAGGAGGCAUGCAAAGAUAUUCUAAGAAGAUCCAGAGAUGUUGGCAUGGAGAUCUGGAGCUGCAUCGUGAACGUGAAUAACAGGAGAGAAGUUAAUUUCCUCGCACACUGAGAUGGAAUCAGCACAAGACAGUAAAUAUGAAGAUCCCACAGCUGCUCUUUUAACUCGUUGUAAGCUCUUUGUAUUCUUCAGAGGGAAGGCAGCUCUCAGAACUGCAGUCAGAAGGGAACUGCCUUACCCAGGUGUUUCCAAAAGAGGCCUUGUGUUACCUAAGGUAUCCUCCUGGGUCUGUGGUGAAGGAACAACAAGUCUCAUUUCCUAUUACUGUGAGGACUGAAGGUAUAGGAGAGCAUCUCUGUUAGGAACCUGAGCAAGGACCAAAGAUGUGCCUGUACUCCUGCAGCUCACCCAAAUGAAGAAUGCUCUGAAGACACUUUGUGGGGGGAAAAAAGAUAGUAAAUAUCCACGUGCUUUGUGAUCCUCACCAAGAGCAGAAGCUGCCAGCUGUGGGAAGGAGCUGGGGCUUCACAGUGUGCACCCCCAAAGCUGCCUUUGGCCCUUAGAUCAGGAAAUGUGGAUGAGUUCAUUCAGACCCUGAGCAGAGCGGGAGGAGCUGAAGUCACAAGUUUAGCCCAGCUGUGGGUCACGUUGAUAAGAGGACGCAGAUAAGUUCUUGGAAGAAAACACUGAAAUACUGGCUCAGAAUCCAGAAAUGGCUGAACUGGAAGUGGUUUGAUAAAUAGGUUUUAAAAAUAGAUGGUAGAUAAUACCCAAAAGAGAAAUUAUCUGGGGGAAGUAUUGCUGCGUGCUAAUUUGAUACUUACAGUCCCCCCUGGUUCUUGACCACUAUGUGGGACAGGAUGCUAAAGGGACCAGCAGCCCGACCUGGUGCAGCCAUAUCUGUCUCAUUAUUUUUGGCUGAGGACUGUGGGCCUGCAAGUUGCCAGAGCUCAGAGCUCCUGCGGACUUCAGAGAUAUUUGUGCUCAUAAGAGGAAAGCAAAUGGGUGGUUACAUAAACCCCUGUGCAUGUUAUUUCCUGUUACCAAAGGCGUCUUCGUUUGCACUGUUAAGACUUUGGCUUGGAGAUGAGAACAUCAGCAUCGAGGUUUCUGUGCUCUGUGCUUCCAUUACAGGAGGUGCAGAUUUGAGGCAUGUUUCAGCAGCCCCCGCAAAGGCAUCUUAAAGUGUUUGGAAGGCCUCAAGAUGUCCCUGUUGAACACAACUCGAUGAUGCUGUGCAGCUCCAAAGGAUAUUACUUAGUUUGCGGUUUCUACUUCAGAACCAGUUCCUUCUUUUUUCAUCACAUGCUCCAUUUCUUGCUUUGUGGCCCCGCUGAAUGUUUAGGAUGCUAAAAAAUGGUGUCUCUUGCGUAGCGUCUCUUAUGGCCAUCAGUACUGCAGGGUUCCAUUUACAUUGCAGCUCCCCUGUCUUGAUUUUUCUCAUCAGUUUAUUUCAUUGUACAAUCAUCUUUAGCUAUGUGAAACUCUUUGCUUUGCUAUGAUUAUGCUGUUUCCUGAUGAAACAGUGACUUUUGUUUCUUCCUGACCUAUUACAGAAGUGCUGAGUUCCUGCUUGAAGCACAGGGUAUCCUCUCUCUCUUCUAAUGAGCACAGAGAACACUGGUUAUUUUCUUCCUCUCCAGUACCUCAGGCUUUUGCUCGACUGCACAAAGAAUAGGAGGACUGCAAGAAGUACUUAAGGAGGAAGCAGCAGGAGGCCGAGCAGCCAUUGCAGGUCCCGGCGGUAGACAGCAGCGUGCCAAAGACAUCAGAGCUGAUGGGCAUCACCACGAGGGAUGAUCCAUACGGGCAUGGAACAGAGAUGUUUGAUGCCUUCAUCUGCUACUGUCAGAAAGACCUUCAGUUUGUCCAGGAGAUGAUCAGAGAGCUGGAGCAAACGGAGUUCAAACUGAAGCUCUGUGUGUUUGAUCGGGAUGUCUUGCCAGGAACGUGUGUGUGGUCCAUCAGUGGAGAACUCAUAGAAAGAAGGUGUCGGAGGAUGGUGGUCGUCAUUUCAGAUGAUUACCUGGAAAGCGACGAAUGUGAUUUUCAGACCAAAUUUGCUCUUAGUCUUUCCCCAGGUGCUCGUCUGAAACGGCUGAUUCCAGUCAAGUGCAAGACUAUGAAGAACGAGUUUCCAAGUAUCUUGCGGUUCAUUACGAUUUGUGAUUACACCAAUCCUUGCACCAAAAAAUGGUUCUGGACAAGACUGGCAAAAUCCCUCUUGCUGCCAUGAUGCAAAGUUUUAAGAGCCUUUUUUCAACCUGUCCUGGCUGUGCCUUUGGACCAUGGUGUUCAUACAGCAUCUCACUGCAGAACUUGGAUCCUCGCAGUCAGCGUUUGGAGCCUGCAGCUGGGAACAAAGAAUUUAGCACUUUUUUUAUAACCCAGAAGGGGAAACAGAGCAACUAUGUGGGUGUUCCUUUUCAAGUCAGCGAGCAACAGCGUCCAGAACUUGAUGAAAUAAGAGAUUCUAGUGGUAGUAUAGAAAAUAUGCACUUAAAGACUGAGCCACUGAUACGAGGUGGCUCUUUGUAAAGUGUUUAAUGAGACCUGGGAAUAUAAAGUACUGGUAUAAGACACGAAAUGAUGAAAGCCUCAAAGUGCAGGCUUUUGAAAGUAAAAGGUUCGUGCUAUUUUACAAGCUCUUCAAUGGCAAUAGUAACACUUAGGGUAGGUGCCAUUUGAAGAUGUCAGUGAAAUCUGCUGCUGGCUGGGCAGCAAAGGAAUUGCUGUGGUCAGUUCCUGACCCAUACUUGUUCUGAGUCUCCUUCAGUCUUUCCAAAAGAGCAGAGAGUUUUAUUUUAAUUGUUAAACCACUUUAAAACAACUAAUGGUUGUACCUUUUUUCUUAGCAACAUCUGCAAGGUCAGAGCAGUUAUCCUUGUAAUGAUAACUAGCGCAGAACUACUGAAUUCAGUUUAUUUCCUGUGGAUGUUUUCAUCCUUAAGCUGUAUCACGACAUUCCUGUUUCACAUUCCUUCGCAGGGCAAAUCCCUCAUUACUGGCAUCUUCUGAGUAGUCCCUUAUAUUUGGCAUAAGGGAUAUUUUUUCUCAUUGAGCCAUAAGGAAGGACACUCUUGCAGCAUGUCUGUGUUCAUGUGACAUUUGAUUAAUUGGCACGUCUUAUACUGAUGUUUUGUAUUCCCAGGCCUGAUUAAAUGUUUACAAGAGAGACUCCCUUUAAUAGAAGCUCAGUCUUGAAAUCUAUAAAGUCCUUUCUACACAAAGUACAGGAUGCUUUUGCUCAUUGGCUUGAACAGGAACACAGCUGUGCACCUAAGUGGGUCCAGUUCGUCAAUUAUUUGACCUUUAAGAGCCUGCCAAAGCACAUCAGCUUUUAGGAUGCUUCAGAGGCACAAGGGUAAAUAUCAAAUAAAGAGUGCACUGAAUAAUAGAUUGGGCCAUUUAAAUUAUAGAAGAUAAUGUUACCUUAAUAGGAAAGAGCAUCUUUUAACUAACAACCACAGUUGUUAACUUGUGAGCAAGAAUUCUGGUGUUUUAAAGUGGCCCAUUGGGUUAUUAAAUAUAUUUUCAGUAACUAUUUACUCUCUACAUUGGGAAGAAGAGCAUCUUGCUUAUGUAUCUGCAGUUUUUUUAUCGCUACCACUUUGUUCCUUACCUCAGCCACUGACUCGGGUUGAUUUUACAGCUUAAGGUUUUACUAGCUUACAUCUUUAAGAUUGUAUCUGGCUUAUGAUUAAUAUUUUUAAGAUGUAUUUUAAAGCAUUACCAGGGCUGAGUUCCUCAGACAGGGAUGUGUGCAUCUGUCUCUUCCUCAGCCACCCCAUUAAUGGAUGUUUACUUACCAGAGAUUGCUGGCGUGUCAUAGCAGGUGCUGCUGCCACUUCUUCCUGGCCAAGAGAGGCCUCUUCUUGACCUGAACACAGUGAUGUAUGUGUUGAUAUGGGGACAGAUUUAAGGUAGGCUGACAAACCCAAUGCUUUUCAGUCCCUUCUAACUGUAGGCCUGGUACCAAGGUGAUAUUUGCACGUUUCUGUCUUGUUGGCUCCAGCUAACAGAAGUCUGUGAACAUGAGAGGAGGUAAGUUAAGCUGAUAAUGAGUUUCUGAAUAGUUCAUCUUCAUGUCCUCUUGCCCUCAGGUCUCUCCUGCAGGAAGGAGACAGCUGCAUGCCUUGGGGCUUUUGCAUAAUCGUUAAAUGUUAAUUAUAUAAGAGUUUCUGGAGACUGCUUGAUCCCCAGUCACUCCUGGGGCUUGAUGAAUUCUCUUACUCCAGAGUGUCUAUCAACAUUAAUUACGGGUCACUGCGCACAGGACUGAACCAGAUCUCUCUUGAAUUGAGAGUUGAAAGAACUCAUCCAAGGUCUCAUUAGGGGCGAGAACAAAAGCAGGAGGCUCUGGUACGGACACUAGAGGGAGGUAGUGGGCCGUGAUGCCAGCACUGGAGCUGCAGGGCUUGUGCUGCUAGGGGAGAAGCCUGGCCAUCCAGUGAGGGAAUGGGGCCCUGAGCUCUGCCUGAGGCAUAGAAAUCAUGAAGAUUGGAAACGACCUCAAAGAUCAUCCAGUCCAACCAUCAGCCCAUCCCACCAUGCCCACUGACCGUGUCCCACAGAUGGGGGUUGGUGGUGCUGAGCUGGGCACAGAAGAAACACACUCUGCAUUGGCCAUCAGACACUUGUUGGAUACCUCAACAAAAGGGUGAGUGGAACUUUCAGACAGUAACAGUCAGUUUGUAGUAGAUGAUCCGUGGAGCAAGGAAAGCGCAGCUUCUGGAAGUCAAAACCAAGAGCUGAAUUCCUAAAUCUUCAGGCUUCCAGUAGAUGAAUUCGUACAGAUGUCAGUGCUUAGGGUGGGCUUUAUUAUCACUUAACAGCACUCCUGGCUGGCUCAGGUGCAAUGCAAGUAUCGCCAUUACGGCCUUCUUACAAGCAGUUCACAUUUGUCCUGUAGACUAAAAUCAUUCCUUUGGGGCAAAGUGAAUGAACAGCUGUGACGUGUGAAAUGCAUGGUUUGAAUGCGUACCCUUGUCUGAGUUAAAUCCAGCUUAUGCUCUUCUGACGUUUAUGCAUCUGUCCUGGCACAGUGUCUUUAUGAAAUGUGACAUCUCUGAAUGACAAAAUCCAGGUACUGUGAGCGUGUUUCAGUGGUGGCCAUGGUUCUCUUUUCCCCUUGUUGGCACUCAUUGGAAGGUCAAAUGUUUGAACACCUUUAUAAAAGGAACUGAAAUUGUGAUGUUACGUGUUGGGGUUAUUUUUACCAUUUUGUUUCUUUCCCUCAUUGAAAUUGUCCUUGUACUAAAGCAUUUAUUUUUAUAGAGAGAGAUAUAUAUUUAUAUUACUUUCUAUCCUGAUAAGAAUCUUGUAUGGCCAUUCUGAAAACAGUCAGCACUUCCGUGUUUUCUCUUUCAAACAAGCUUUUGGUAUGUGACAAAACAUUGUAAAAUAAAGAAGCAAAACCUCA